AUGUCUUUAAUGAUAAGACCCAACUUUCCAUGUCUUUUGGGAGAUCUUAGUAGAAGGCUUUGUCUAUUAAAACUGUCAAGGACAUCCCAUGCAGCUGCCUUGAAACGUAUUGAUAAAGUGCUGAUUGCCAACAGAGGAGAGAUUGCUUGUCGUGUGAUUCGCACAGCCAAGAAAAUGGGCAUACAGAGUGUAGCCGUGUUUAGUGAAGCAGAUAGGCAUUCAAUGCACGUAGCAAUGGCUGACGAAGCUUACCACAUAGGACCACCCGCAGCCUCUGAGAGCUACCUGAAACAAGACAAGAUUAUGGAUGUUGCCAGGUUGUCUGGAGCUCAAGCUAUACAUCCUGGAUACGGAUUCCUUUCUGAGAAUGUAGAGUUUGCUGAGAUGUGUGAGAAAGAAAACAUCAUCUUUGUAGGUCCUCCUGCUUCAGCAAUUAGAGAUAUGGGCAUUAAAAGCACGUCAAAGCACAUCAUGGCAGCUGCGGGGGUGCCUGUCAUUGAAGGUUACCAUGGAGCAGACCAGUCUGUGGAGCGGCUGAGACAAGAGGCUUCUAAGAUUGGGUAUCCUGUUAUGAUCAAGGCUGUCAGAGGAGGAGGCGGAAAGGGUAUGCGAAUAGCAAUGUCAGAGUCAGAAUUCGACACUCAGUUGCAGUCAGCCAAAACUGAGGCACUGAAAUCAUUUGGGGAUCAGGUGAUGUUGCUGGAAAAGUUUGUGGAGAAUCCAAGGCAUGUUGAGGUGCAGGUUUUUGGGGACCAACAUGGAAACUAUGUCUAUCUGUUUGAGAGAGACUGCAGUGUCCAGAGGAGGCAUCAGAAAAUUAUAGAAGAGGCACCUGCUCCUGGACUUACUGAGGUUGUACGGAAGCAGAUUGGUGAGGCAGCAGUGAGAGCAGCUAAAGCAGUGGAUUAUGUUGGAGCAGGCACAGUGGAAUUUAUCAUGGACAGCAAUCUGAAAUUUUUUUUCAUGGAGAUGAAUACAAGGCUGCAGGUAGAACACCCAGUCACUGAAAUGAUCACUGGAACAGAUCUGGUGGAGUGGCAGCUAAGGGUGGCUGCAGGAGAACAGAUCCCAGUAAAACAAGAGGAGCUGAAGGUUCGAGGCCAUGCAUUUGAAGCUCGAAUCUAUGCAGAGGAUCCUGAUAAUGGAUUUAUGCCUGGUGCUGGUCCACUGCUGCAUCUGAGCACACCAGAGCCAGGUGAUGACUUGAGGAUAGAGACAGGUGUUAGAGAAGGCGAUGAGGUGUCAGUUCACUAUGAUCCUAUGAUCGCCAAGUUGGUUGUGUGGGCUGAAGAUCGACAUACUGCUCUCAGGCGAACAAUAGCAGCACUACAAGACUAUCACGUUGUGGGACUGAGCACAAACAUCCGCUUUCUGAUGGCCCUAGCCUCACACCCAUCAUUCCAAGCGGGCGAUGUCAGCACAGAAUUCAUCCCCCAGCAUCAGGCAUCCUUGUUUCUGCCCAGCAGCCUGUCACCAGCUGUCCUCUGCCACGCUGUCCUGGCACUAGCGGCUAGACACAGGACCCAGGUGUACCAAGAUGCUCUAGCUACCAAAGAUUGUUAUUCACCUUUUGCCUUGAACUUUGGACUGCGGAUCAACUCUACACCCUCCUACAAACUGAGGCUUGUUGAUGGCGGCACAGAACACAGAAUCAUAGUGACAGAGUCCUCCAAAGGCAACUGGCAGGUCAGGGUUGACGAAGGGGAUACUUUAGCAGUCAGUGAUGUCAGCUUGUCAGAGGAGAGUGACAAUAAGUUCACAGUGAAGUGCAGCGUUGACGGUGUUGUAUCCUCCACUUCUGUCCUUCUGGUUGGCAACUCUGUACAUUUGUUUACAUUGAAUGGCAAGCGAAGUCUUGAUAUUCCUACCCCAGACUACCUCAAAUCUGCUCUGAGUGUUGGCAGCAUUGAUGACCCGAUAGCACCGAUGCCAGGUGUGAUUGAGAAAGUUGCAGUAGAGCCAGGAGCAACCGUACAAAAAGGAGAGCCUCUAGUGAUCAUGAUUGCAAUGAAAAUGGAGUAUGUGAUUAGAGCUGCCAGAACUGGGGUAGUUGAGAAGGUUUUUCACAAGCCAGGGGAUACUGUGGCUAAAGGCACUGUGCUGGUUCAUCUCAAGGAGGAGUAA